AGAAGGGGCCCGAGAGAGGGGGCGAGCGACCGAGCGCCGCGACGCGGGAGUGAGGUGCUUGCGGGCUGCAGCGCAGACCCCGGCCCGGCCCCUCCGAGAGCGUCCUGAGCGCUCCCUCACGCCUUCCCUUCAAACCUUCUGCCUUUUUCUCCAUCCUCGUGAGCGGAGAACUGGGAGUGGCCAUUCGACGACAGGUUAGCGGGUUUGCCUCCCACGCCCCCAGCCUCCCGUCGCCGGCUCACAGCGGCCUCCUCUGGGGACCGUCCCCCUCCCGGUGCCGCCUCCGCCCUUCCUGUGCGCUCCUUUUCCUCCUUCUUCCCUAUUAAAUAUUAUUUGGGAAUUGUUUAAUUUUUUUUUAAAAAAAGAGAGGUGGGGAGGAAUCGGAGUUGUGGAGAAGCAGAGGGACACAGUGUGGUGUAAAGGAAUUCAUUAGCCAUGGAUGUAUUCAUGAAAGGACUUUCAAAGGCCAAGGAGGGAGUUGUGGCUGCUGCUGAGAAAACCAAACAGGGUGUGGCAGAAGCAGCAGGAAAGACAAAAGAGGGUGUUCUCUAUGUAGGCUCCAAAACCAAGGAGGGAGUGGUGCACGGUGUGGCAACAGUGGCUGAGAAGACCAAAGAGCAAGUGACAAAUGUUGGAGGAGCGGUGGUGACGGGUGUGACAGCAGUAGCCCAGAAGACAGUGGAGGGAGCAGGGAGCAUUGCAGCAGCCACUGGCUUCGUCAAAAAGGACCAGUUGGGCAAGAAGCAUCCAAAAUACAAACCAUCUAAGAGGCAAGAAAAUGUUGUGAUGUUCUUAGUGCAAGUUGAAAAGAUUUGCUUUCCUCAAGUUGGAAAGCCCUUCUCAUUUUUGAGGUUUUUUUCUUUUUUUUCUUUUUUUUUCAAGUGAAAGCAUUUUGGAGGAGUCACUAUCCAUGUUUAAAGGUAGCCGAGUAAAAAUUACUUGUUUCCAGGACAUUUUCAUCUGAAAGAAACUUUGUCAUAUAACAUAGAAGCAAGAAAUCCAGUAGUUGGUGUAUUUACAAAUAGCUGGAAAAUUUUAAUCAGCAUGAGUCUGAAGCAACAAUAUAUCAUCAUCUUUUAUGGUGGUUGUGGUUAAGAAGAUUUCAGCGAGCUAAGUGGUGGUGAUGGGGGAGAGACAACAGGGGAGGUGAUUCCCAUUGCAUUGCCUUGUAAACAGAGACAUACAUUCUUCACUUUUGUCACACAAAAUCACAGAUGUGCAGAAUUUAUUAAUUUAUUCUUCUGAGACAAGAAAAAAGUCACCAAAGGAAACCAACAGCUUGCUCCUCUCACACUCAGGGAACAGUAUGAGAGACUUUUCUAUCCCUGACUUCAAUUUUGACCUGAGGAGAGCUCCUCUUAAGGAAAACAAGUUAAUUCAAUGACUAUGCUACUUCAUCAUUGAUCCUUAUUUAAUAAGAGAUUUUUCCAUAGGAUAUGCUGAGCUGUCUCAAUUACAUCAGUUGUGUCUCCUGAGGUGGGUGACAGGAGACCACAAAUACUACAUAGCACACAAAUUUUUAAUAGUAGCUGUUUACCAAACCAUUACUUAAAUAUGUAGAGUACAAUUCAUUCUCACUAACGUCAGAGAGCAUGCUACAAAAUGCUGAAUCCGGACAGCUGAAGAUAUUGAAUAAUAACUACUAUUUUGAACAAACUUAUAGUGUUCCAAUCAGUAAUGAAAUUGACACCUGAUGAAUAUAUGUGUGUGUGUAGAUAUUCACAGCAGAGAUGGUUUUCCUGAGAUAAGGAUUCUGUUAUUUGGAUAAGCUCCUGCUGGAAUUGUCCUUCUACCCUUGUUUCUUUGUCCUUAGUCAUCACUCAUACCUCUUUCCACUCUUCUCUGCCAUCACUUUCGUCACCAAAGCCAUGGUCCUUUCCUUGCCAAUUGCUGUUGGAGAUCUAGGGCACAAAGACUUAGGCAGCAUGCACCACAUGCCAAGAACUGGACCACAGAUACCAUCCAGCAUUGCUCAUGGAGACUCUGUCCCUUUCUGUAGGACCUCUCCUUUUAGCUAGCAACCCCUUGACCACCUAGAGCCUCUGAACUUAUCAUUUCAAUAUUAAGAACUAGGACAACUUACUGCUGAGAAUGGGUGUAACUAGUAAAACUAGAACUAGUAGAGAAAUCUGGGUCUCUUGGGAAUGGAUUUUUAGGAUUUAUUGAUUAGAGGUGUAUUAAUAAUGCAGUGUUAUAGUUUCAUGACAUAACAAAUAAAAAAGUUCAUUUUGGACUUGCCUUUCAGCUCCAUAAGAGCUAAAAGACAUAUUUAAUGUAAUUUGUAUAUUGGAAAUAAGUUCUUUUUUCAGGCAAAAGAUGUGCAAACGCAUCUGGGAAAAAAACAUUAAAAACUAAGGAGACAGUGUCCUAGAUAACUAUGUUCUUUUCCUGUUUUAGUCUAAAAUCGUGAUUAGUUUUCUUAUAUAUCUUCAUUUGUCUUCGUUCCUUUUAGCCCAAUUUAAUAAUAUUAUUGCAGAUAUUGAUGAAAACCUUUACUUUCCACUUAAUUCAUCAAAGUACUUGAUGAAAUUUAUAUCUAGUACAUUAAUUGGGAGAUUUUUAUAAGAUUAAUUAACAUAAUGAACUGAUGUUGAAAUUAUUUAAAACCUGAAUUAUUAUUAUAUUAAGUAGGACACUGUUAAUCAGUCCUGCCUUUAUUCAUUUGUGAGAAGUUUUGGCAAGCUAUUGUGAAUAUUCAAGGAAGGGAAUGUAUUUUUAGCAAGAAUCUUAUACCUCCUACAUAGAAAUGAAGCAUUUACUGAAAGAUCCAUGAAACAAAAUGUUUCUGAAUGUGUACUAUACACUGCUUAUAAACCCCUUUUCUUCUGUAGCUGUAUUUCGGAGAAAAAUCUUUGUUUUGACAAAAAAAUUAUGUUGACUUACACAUAUAUUUUAUAAGUAAGCAGUGUUUGGUUUGUGAUAAAAGAUAUAAAAAGAUAAAAAUAUUCAGCACACAUAAGUAAGGCCUUGUUGCUAAUGUGAGUUAUGCUACUGGAUACUCGAAAGGAACAUUCAGUGUUCUCAGGUGGUCUCUAGACUAUCUCAAGCCUAGGAAGAUAUUUUAUUAACAGAGGAGUAAGAGAAGGAAGGUUCAGAUUUAAUCCAAGUGAAGAAUUCAGUUUUGUUUGCCUGAUCUUGUUAUUUUGAGAGGCAGCCAAAAGAUGCUGGUCAGCAAGGAGAAUUGUAAGUUGGGCAGCCAACUCUGAUUUCUCAACCUCUUAGCUGUUUCCUUAAACUCAGAAUUUUUAGUGAAUUUAGAUGUCUACCAUAUCAGGUAGACUUUGGGAAUGCUUUUACCAGUGAUUUUCAGAAUGUUACUUUCUGGCAUUUAUUUUCGUGUAGCAUUAAAUUAAAAAUGAGUUCAUUCAUCCACCUUCCCUUGUCCCUACCAAUUUUCCCUCCUACUCCCUUCCCCCUCAUUCUUGCCAUGGGAACAUGCAAACACAGUGGUUGAUGUGUGAGCAAGGCUGCUGACAAGGCGGGGAAGGGGAUGUCAAGCAGAGGUCAAUGGCAGUGUGCCCAGAAGCCUAGGAAGUAGGAGGGAAAACAGAGAGAGACAGAGAUGGUGGGUGAAAGAGAAAGCCAGGAUGAUUAUUGUGGUUAUGAUACUUGUCAUGCUGAACACCCAAUUGAGUACCCAAUAAACACAUAAUAAUUUCAUCAUCCUCUGGCUUGAAUAGCAGUGUUCUAUCAUUGUUGACUUCCUGGUUGUGACAGCUUUACAGUGUUAGUGUAGUAGAGAAUCCUUGUUCUGGAGGGGUACUUACUGAAGUACCUAGGGUUAAUGAUACACACACACACACACACAGACACACGCAGGCACAAAUACAUCCAUGUGUUAGGCAGAGGGAGCAAAUGACGUAAAAUGUUAAUAAUUAGGAAUUCUGGGUGAAGUGGAUAGAGGGACUCUUUGAAUGUUCUUGAAACUUCUCUAUACAUUUGAUCUGUUUCAAAUUCUUCAGAAAAUCAAACUACAAAAAAUUAAUUAAUUUAGUGAACAUCUACUGAACACCUGUAUAUUAAAUAGUGUUAAAUGAAUGUCAGUUAAAAUGCUCAAACACAGUAGAGGUUGAUUCUCAUUCACAUAAGUCCAUGGUAGGUGUUUUUGACAGGUGGGUGAGUUUCUCCCUCAGGGUGAAUGAGGAACCCAGACUCCUCCCUAGUUGCAGCCCCACCAUCUUCUAAGAGGAUGCAUCCAUCCCCACUUUGAAGUAGCAUACAUUAUUUCCUUUCUCGUUCCUUUGGAUACCAGCCACAAUUUAUUCAAGGUAGAUUGAAAAUUGUAGUAUAUAGCCAUAUGCCCUGACAAAGAAGGGAGAACAGAUUUUGGUGGACAACUAGCAAACUCUGAUACAAUCUGUUAUUAAGUACUGUGUGUGGAUAGUGCUAACUAGAAGGAGAUUCUCUUCCCUUCAGCAAAUAUAAACUGAAUACCUUUUAUUUGCGUGAAACUAAGCUAGAUCAUGGGAGUAUAGAAAUUUUAUAAGAAGACAUAGUCACUUCUGUCAAUGAGCUCACGAAGAAUUAGUAUGUGAGAUAUAAUCAUACCUGAGGGGGCUUGUGCCACUUAAGUAAAAUGAAACAUUAUUUUGAGUACAAUUUAGCAAUAAAUGUACUGCGGCAUCAUUAAAAGUCAUGUUUGAAUGUUAUUGUGUCAAGGAUGGGAAAAAGAUGUUUUGGGUUGGAGACUUGAUAAUUAUAGUUAAAAACAGUUUUUAUUCUUGUUUAGUCUUACUUUUUUAUGUUUAAACAUAUUUAUACUUGCUAACAUUUAUACUUGCUAACUAAGUAGAGACUGUUUUUACAACCAUGACAAGAACAAAACAAGUUAGUAAUGCAAAUGCCACAUUUCCUACAAUCAACUAACCACACUAACAGCUUUGCAUGGAAGGAUCACUGGGAUUGAUCUGGCCACGUGUGUAGUCAUGCCCAAAAUGUGAAGUCCAUCUGUGUUGCAAUUUUUUUUAACCACUCUUAUCCAAAUUCUCCUUAGAUUUUUUUUUAAUUAGUGGAUAUAUUUUGUAGGUCAGACACCCUCUUAGCUAGAUCAUCACCUUUAUAACAAAUAGAUACACUAUUCUCACGGAAAUAUAUUUAGACAUUGCCCUACUGGGAAUUUUUUCAAGUAAUUAAUGUACAGCUUGUGCACCAGCUUGAUCUUGGCUUCAUGGAAAUAAUUCACUCUUAGCAGCAUCUAAUGCCACAAAGCAUUUAUGGAUGCCAGCUCAGAACUUACUUUUAUUUAUUUCUGAGUUACUUUUUUUUUUUUUUUUGAGACGGAGUCUCGCUCUGUCUUUGGCUUAUCCCUAACCUCUUAACAGACUUAAUUUUAAGCUCCAUUUCACUCAGUCGUUCUAUUGUCAUAUAGAUGAGACAUUCUGCAAGCACGGUUUUUAGUUUCUGCCAGAGCAUCGUACAACAUUGUGAGUUAUGAUGAAGACCUAGAGAUGAUAUUUAAUAUGAAGUUCAUUAUCUAGUAUUUGGUAUGUGUGACAAAAUAGCAAUCUACUAUUUGACUCUGCUAUAAUCUAUUUACCCACCUAUCCCAUCUUUCUUUCCAUUUAAAAGGAUAAUGAUUUUAAUCACAAUUAUACAUAAACCCAUUCCCAUAGGCAACAAACAAUGGAGCAAACCAUCAGUCCCAUAGUUAGGGUGUGGUCUAAAGUGUGUUUUGGUGGAGAGAGUUCUAUGUCUGGAGAUAGCUAACAUGGAUUUGGGUCCCAGAUCUGCUCCUACCUGUUGCCGUGCCUGUGACCAAAUCAUGUCAUCUCUCUGGUUGCCGUUUACUUGUGAAUAAAGUAAAUACCUUCAUCAACACUUGUUUUUGAAUACUGAGUUUUUCUGUAAUUUUUGCUUGUUAUAAUGUUACGAUGGUCAUCCUUACAUCUAAAUCUUGGUUUACGUUUUCAUCAAUUCUUUUGGAAAGAUUGGAGAAGUAAAUUUUGGAGAUGUAUGUUGGCUAUUAAAAAAUUAAAACAUUGAAAAAUCCUGAUGCAAAAUAAAUGCAUUAUGCUUAGUGAACUCUUCUCAAUUUGAAGUUUAUUCACCUUCUUGUUUUUGCAAGUUUCCUGAAAAAUGCAUAUAAAGUCACCAAGUAUAAAAUUAUAUAACUAUAUAUAAUCUUUUGAUGUCAGUGAAGCCAGCUGAUCCUAUAGAAAUAAUGUAGGAAUUAUAAUCACUAACACAUAAUUUAAGAGUCCUGUGGUCUUAUUCAUGUUGUUUACCCUCUCUGAAUCUUACAUAUAGUAAGAGGGUUACUAUACAUAAUAUGUGUACAUGUAUACAGGUAAGUAUGUAUAUAUGCUUAUGUGAAUAGCAGAGUUAUUGUGAGAGUCAAAUGGAAAUGUGAAAGUACUUUGUAGUUUUUUAUUACUAUUAUUAAUUUUUAAUAAAAUGGGAGCAUUCAUUUAACAAUCAUUAGUUUUAACUUCAGAUUGUACUGGCUUUCCUCUAAUAUUUCUUAAGAUUAGUGAAUAAAGUAUUUCUCCUAAUAAAUAUAUUGACUACUGUCUUUUGAUCAAAUAUAUUAGGUAUAUUUUUACAGUAGCAUCAGACAUAGUGAAAAUUUGAAGCUGUUUAUGGAGGACUGAUUUAUGAUGAAAAGGAAUAACAUGAACAAAUUGAAUUAUAUGACGCUUCCCCAGAAACAUUUAAGAGGGGCCAAUUUUAAGAAAUAUCUGACUUCUUUUUCAUGGACAUUUCAAAAUAAACCUAAUUCAUAUGGUAAAGUUUUUAAGCGAGAAAAGAAAAAAACAUCUGAGAAUCUCUGGAAUUCUGCCAAAAGUAUCACUUGGCAUUUUAUUCUACCUUCUGGAUGCAGUUGAUUGACAGCAGUGUUAUGAUGCCAGGGGUAUAGUGACUAGAAGAAGAAAACCAGGGAAUUCAGUGUUCUUGCUUGUGAAGAACAGCUUGGUUCUUUAAAAACAAUAAGAUUUUGCCACCCCAUCUCACAAACCUAUGAUUUGUGAGAACAAUCCCUUUUGUGUUGCAAGACUUUUACAUUCUCUUCCCACACUAUAUCAGAAGAACAAACAUUGCUUCAUAAAUACUGAUUGAUAGUCUCCUUUCAUAUUUCUAAAAUAGAGAUACUUUAAGGUUAAAUUUUUCAUGUAGAUUAAAAUGACGAAGUAACCAUUCACAUAUUUCAAAUAAAAUAUAUUGUUACUACAAAAGGAAAAUGACUAGGUUCUUAAGUGUUAUAGUCAAGUGUAAUUGAGUAAUAUGAAUUCUAAAUGAAUUUCUAAGAUCUGCUUAGCUUUUGCUGCCUUAGGAAGGAACAACUUAAGAGAAAUUUUAAUAAAGGUAUAUCUUCACACACUUGGCAGUGUUAUAUUUAGAGAACAUGAUCCAUAAUUUUUUAUGACUGCAAAUUGAAUUCCUGAUACUCUUGGGAAGCUCCAGAAACACCAGUGGAGUUUCCAGAUGUAACUAUGGCUGCAGACCCACCAGUCCCAGUGUUGGAAGGAACCAUUACAGGCUCUUGUAUUCAGACUCAUCUUCAAGCCCGGAGUAAUUAACUGACUUGCCCAAAGUCGCAAAACUUUCUCAUGGUAGAUUGGGCACUAGCAUCAAUAUCGCUUUUUCUUAGUGUUACAGCCUCCGUAUUAUGAAACCUUCUAUGUUCUGAAAGUGCUGAAGGCCCUCUCUGCUGGUGAUGUCUCCCUUCUUCAUCAGUUUUACAUUUCUAAGCAAUGGAAAUACAAACUCACAACUCCCAAUUCCCAAGCGAUCUUAGGAAAAGCAAUAUUUAAAGAAAAAAUUACAGGCAUCCCCUCUCCUUUACCUGGCCGAUGCUUGAGAGUAAUGGCAUCUAGAUAGUAAUGACAUCUAAUAUAAAUGUGUCCUUUUAAGUCAAGCUUUCUCUGUUCAUUAGCAGAAAUAUUGUAUAUCAAGUGUGCAAAAAUUUUCUUCAACAAGGAGCUUUCUUUCCCUCCUCUUAUUAUAACAAUCUGAGCUUUAUGGUCCCAGGGUCUCCUGGUGCCUGUCUUUAGGUCUGUUUAUUCACAGUGGAGAAAGCAUGUCAUAUGGCAUUAUCUAAGACUCAGGCUGCUUAUGCAUGAUGACAGAAGGGUUCCCAGGCACAAACAUUCAUCCAUGCAUUCAUCCAUCCACCUAGUCAUCCAUUGAUUUGGCUGAUGAUUAUUGACUACUAUUGAGUUGCCCUCAGAUUUAGUAUCUGUCCUUCUGUCAUGGGGAAAUAUGGGUUAAGCCACAAUAUACUCUUCUCUUCUUUUUCUUCACCGUCUUAGUAUAUUUAGUGCCAUUUUGUCUAGCCCUGCCUCUGACUUCUUUGUUGUACUUCAGGCUUUUUAUCAUUGAAAGUUAUUUCUGCAUUGUAGAUCAUUCUCUUGGUCACUUUGCUUGUCCACUUAUAAAAUUAAUUCAGAAAAUACGCACAAUCAUUACCAAAAAUCACAGGCCAUAAACUAUAAUACUGUAUAUUGUAUUUUAGUACAGAAAUAUUUAUAGAUACUUUAAAAUGUUUUAAUUAUAGAUAUUAUAAAAAGAUAUGUAUCAUCUAAGUAAUAUAGAUGCUUUUUUAUUACCUCCUCUCUCCCUAUUCUCCAGGCCAGUAUUUUAAAAAUCUGUCUUUAUGUGUCCAUCCUGAAAAAAACUCAUGAUCAUAAAUGAGUUUCUCAAUAGAGUUUAUAAGCCCACAGUUGAAACACAAUUGCCUUAGCAUCUGCUUAGUUGUCAUAUUUUUAGAAUUUAAUGGCAAAUAUUAUGUCUUGUUUCUUCAAAAGAAAUAUUUUAAAAUUUUAGUAAAGGCAGUUAGAGAAAGUAGAGAUAAUGGGCUGUUUAAUCCUACUUUUCAUCCCACAAGUGAAAAAAAAAUGAUAAAACACUUUUCCCAAAAUGUAACUUUAACUAUACUUAAAUUUGGACUAAAAAUGGGAGAUAUCUUUUCCACGAUUGAAAAGCCGUGUCUGUAGAUUAAUGCUAAAAUUGGUUGUAAAAACAAAAUUUGUUUGGCUUGAUUGCCAAUGGCCCAUUCAUUUGGCUACAGAAACAAUAGUACAUAGCAAUAGAUAAUGAUGUGAGAUCACCUAACUCAGGUAAGAGUGUCUGAUCCGUCAAAAAUUUAUACAUAAAGAUUCAGAAGAAAUGUGUGUUUUCUCAAGUCAUCUCUGUAAAAAUAUAUUAAAUAGAAGAAUAGAAGUUUGAUUUGAAAAUACAUUGCAGACUCAGUCUGUCUGUCUUUCCUAUUUUCUGGUGAAAAAAGUAUCAAAUAUCUGGAACCUGGAACUGCUAUUUUCCUUCUUAAAAAUCUUUCUUAAUAUUCUGUUGAUAACUGGUGCAAGCCUAACUUUUUGUCUUACCCAAUUCUUCUCACACCAACGUGAUAGGACCUUCAAGUGACCUUUGGAUAGAAGAUAAAUAAUAAUUUAACUAUUGAUGGAACUAGUUAGUAAUAGAAUUAGGCUUGGAAGUCUAUAGAAUAAAAUGAUUCUACAACAAUUUGUAUUUCAGACGUUAGUAUAACAAAACAUGUUUGCCUGUGCAUGCAGAAACAACCAAUUUCAUGUGGAUGCUUAUAUUCACAAAGGAGUAACCACCCAGGAUUUCCCACUGUUGCUCCAGAGGAAACUAGCAGCAAGAGAACUUUUCUGAAGCUAUCAAGACAUCUUUAAAAAAUGCUUG